CCUUUACGGCCAGGAACGCGUUCGCCGCGUUACAGCUUCCAGUUGGAUUAUUCAAUAGAUUUCUUCAAAACGUAUAUCGAUACGCAGCGUUUUUACGCCGGCCACAAAUUGGAUUUCAAACAUCAAAGUUGUGCCGGCGGCCCUGGGUCUACCGGUGGUGGCGGCGCUCCUGGAGUCGUCGGCAAUACCAACAGCAACAACAACAACGGCACAUCACAGCAACAGCAACAGCAGCAACAACAACAACAACAACAACAGCAGCAGCAACAGCAACAACAGCAGCAACAGCAGGCCUUGCCGGCCAACGGCAACAACAGCCACACCCACAAUAGUCAAGCUCACGCCUUAGCGGCGGCACACGCACAUCAGCUGCAUACGGUGUUGCCACUGCAACAGCAGCAGCAACAACAAUUGCCGACGGGCGGCAGCGCCUUACAGCAACAACAACAGCAACUGCCACCACAGCAGCAGCAGCAGCAACAACAGCAACAGCAACUUCUAAACAACAACGGCGUAGGCGUUGGUGUGGUUACUCCGACUUUGCUUAUAGGCAACGGUCCCGGCUCAGCGGGUACGGUUGGUCACUCGGUAUCCUCCGCCGCUGCUGCUGCCGCUGCAGUUGCUGCUUCAGCCGCCGCCUCAGCCGCUUCAGUUUCCGCCGCUUCCGUUGCCAGCGCCUCACUGCCGCACGUGGCGCCGCAUAGCCUGGGCCUGAGUCCGCAGUCCAGCGCCGACUCCCAGCAGUUCAACAUCUUUCCGGCGAUCUUUAGCCGGCAGCUGAACUUCUCAGCCGCCGGCGCUUGCGGUCAAGCGGGCAAACUCAGCAUGGACGAGCUGCGUCCCAAUUUAGUGGGCGGUCUGCUGGGACUUCAGCAGGGCCUGCUGGAGGAUCAUGCCAGCAGCAUGCAGCAUGGCGGCGUGCCGCAGGAUACAAAGUUUAUGUCCUUUCAAGACAAUCGCCUCAUGGGCAUUGGCGGCUCGCAUGAAAAUCGCCUGCUGAGCUUGGCCACAUCCGUGCAGGACACACGAUCGCCCAUCACAACGCUCGACAAGUCGUCCUCCUCGUCGCUCAAUCAUCAGCGCAAAUGCAGCAGCACCCCCGAGGAUUUCAGCGCUCUCUACUCCGGUCUGCCCACACCUGGCAUGGACUCAUCCUCGCACCAUCAUACGCCGGCUCACACGCCACCCUCGCGCCUCUCCGAUCACACCAUUUCAGCAGAAGGUGCAUUCAAGAAGCUAAAGCCGGAACCCAACAGCGGUCUGUCAACAGUUUCCGCCGGUAUCACAUCACCCGGAAGUGGUCUAUCCACGCUGAGUCAACACGCCGGCCACACCCCAACCACAGCAUCCUGCCCUACGCCAGCCAGACGAAGACAUCGAACCACUUUCACACAGGAACAAUUAGCGGAACUGGAAGCUGCAUUCGCCAAAUCGCAUUAUCCGGAUAUUUACUGCCGCGAGGAGUUGGCGCGCACAACAAAACUGAACGAAGCGCGAAUUCAAGUUUGGUUUCAAAAUCGUCGCGCCAAGUACCGCAAGCAGGAGAAGCAACUGCAAAAGGCAUUAGCACCAUCUGUGAUCCCGUCGUGCAACGGCAUGAUGCGGAACAUUCAAGGCUAUAGUGUCUCGCGUGGCUAUCAGCCCUAUCCACACCAUAAUACCAUGAAUCGUUAUCCCCAGGAUCUGUUCCAAAUGGGCGCCUCCUCAUAUCCGGGCAUGACACAGCCAUUCUCUAUGGCGCAUAGCACGAACAUGGGUUCCGUGGGCGUGCGUCAGGACUCAAUGGGCAUGUCACCGGAGGACGAAUGGUAUAACAAAAGCCUGUCCGCAUUGCGCAUGAAUAGCUCACACCAUCCGAACUUAUCAGCACCAAUGCUGCAAUAUCAAACAUAAUCAAAAA